AUGGCUUUCCACGUCUCGCAGAAAGGCCUCGAUGGCGAGAGAAAACUGAAUGUCGACGAUCUGGGCAAGCUGUAUAUCUCUGUUGUCAUCAUCUGGACUGCCAUAGUCUUCUGCGCUUCUAGCUUUCUUCUCUACAAUCGUGACCUACCAGUUCUUCGUGUGCGCAAGACCCAUCUCUGGACAGCUGCUGUGACCUUCCUCCACUCAUACUGGGUACUGUGCUUGCUUGCCUAUGUUUUCAACGGAACGUAUCCCUGCACAGCAGAAUUUUGGAUCAUGAGUCUCUGGCUGCCAUUCGGAAUGGCAUUAUUCCAAGUGAACGGCAUGCAUCUGUUGCAUAUCGCCAGUCUGCAAACACGUUUCAUUAGGCCUCAAUCCUUAUAUGCCUACCACGGAUCGAGGUCUGUCAGCAGUGGCUGGCGGAGCUUAAGGAAACUGGGUUUACCUGACAGUUUGUCACGGCGGCAAAAGGUUUCUAUACUGGCGGGAGUGGUACUACAGGUCCUGGCCACGAUGAUUGUCUACCUCGUCUCGAGAAAGUUCCAUCCAUCUUUCGGAGUAGUUGGACAUGCUGUAGAUGCUGCACAGUGCCGACGAGGUUGGGAAUGUCUUCUCGGGUCGCCCAUGUGGCUCUUGGCUUUAUACUCGCCUUCCUAUUCCUCUGGUUUUGCAAAAGCCAGCAGAUAUUUCAUCCCGCCUCUGUGGUUCACUCCAGGCAUCGUUGCCAUGGAAGUAUCUGUUAUCUUCAUCCCUUGCGUCAUGGUCGUCAAGAGUCGCAAGCUGCAAAGUGAGACAUUACAACAGAUCCUUGAGUGGGACCGCAACAAGGGGUCUGGAACCUCAGUAGACACAGGCUCAACGUACGUCUCCGGAUCUGACGAAUACCGAGUACCAUCCCCCGCCCCGUCCACAGCACCAAUUCGAAACGAGCUCUACUCAAUGAAAGCUCUUGAAAAAGCCCUCACGACCAACAUCACCCCUUUACUUCGAUUCUCUGCCCUGAAAGACUUCUCCGCCGAAAACAUUUCUUUCCUUAAACACAUCCAAGACUGGAAAGCAACCUGGACCGCCACAUCCUCGCCACCUCCCGCAUCAGUAGCACAACGCUUCCCUUUCAGCAACAAGAAACCCAGCCCUCUCCCUCUCUCCUUCUCCGCCGAAUCCCUGCGCCGCCAUCAAUUCGCCCUUGCCGUUGAAAUCUACAUCUCCUUCAUCUCCCGCGAAUACUCCGACUUCCCCAUCAACAUCUCCGGGCCCCAAUACUGCGAUCUCGAAUGCAUCUUCUCAGAUGCAGCAUCAACACUCGAUACGCAAACACAAGAAAACAGCGCCACGCCGUUCGAUGCCUUUCCUUGCCCGGAUCUCGAAUCCCCAUCCUCACCACGCCUCGGAGACGACAUGGAGAAACACGCCGAUGGCAGCGUGGCAAUGUCAUCAGCGCGGAGCCGAGAGAGGGACGAGCUUAGUAUUGCUUCGACAUCUGUCAACACCAUCUCCAAUAAAACAACCCCGCGUUCCACAUAUCCAGACAGUGACAACGCCAGCGACUCUCCGCGCCUGAGCGCCUAUCCCGCACUCAACCUCCUCUCCCUUACACCCCGACUUGCUCCAGAUGUCGCGAUCCCACCGGGUUUCGGACCGCAGGUGUUCAAUGAGGCGGAGAGAGCGGUCAAGUACGUCGUGCUGACGAAUACGUGGCCGAAAUUCGUGGCGGCGGGGUCGGCGAGUAAGGGUUCGGAAGAGAGGGGGGGGAGGUUGGCGGGUGUGGUUUCAGACGCGGGGUUGGGCGUGCGGGUGGGUUUGCGGUUCGAGGGAAGGGGAAGGGAGAGGGCUGGAGUCGGUUGUGGGGUGGGAAAUAAGCGGGUGUUUUGGUUCUGA